AUCAUAAAAAAUAAAAUAAAAUAAAAUGAACUACUACAAUAAAAUUCUGAAAAACCCAAAUACUGCUCUUAUCUUCCUCCCAAACUUGCUGUAUACUGCUAAAGCCUAAAAAGUCUCCACCUUUCACAUCAAACUAACCAAACCAGGUAUAUUAUUAAUUUUCUUUGUCAAAAAAUUAAAUCUUUAGUGUUGGUUCCAAGUUUCAUGGAGCAGCUCAUGUGCAUAUUAUAGAAAAAUGGCAUCUUUUCCUCUUGUUUCAAAUGAAAGAUUAUUAGUUUCUCACAAGAAAUGGCAGCCCCAUGUAGGAAAGUUUGAACCUUUAAGUAGAUUCAAGAAUCAAUCUUGCUCAUUAUCCACUUCUUGUUUUACCUCAAGUUGUGUGCCUUUGUUGGGGUUGAAUUAUAAAUUGUAUAAAUCUCAAUGUAAUUACAAGAAAUGGAUGGUCCAUUUUGGAAAUUUUGAACCUUUGAGUAGAUUCAAGAAUCUAUCUUGCUCAUUUUCAAACUCUUGUUUUGGGUUGAAUUAUAGGUUCUGUAAAUCUCAGAGUAGAAUACUACUUUGUAGUACUGGGGUUAGGUCACUGGUAAAUGAGAGGGGAGAUGUAGAAACCCAUUUGAACAAAACAGAAAGUAAUGAUAUUCGUCGGAAGUUUUCGUUGAGAUUGAGACCAAGGCUAAGAUUAUUGUCAAGAAGGUUGAAAAGGGUGUCUGUUAAUUCUAUGUUAAAUGAUUUUGGCAAGUUUUUGAGGAAGAAUACAAGAAGAGUGACACUGUCAACUUCAAUUUCAGUGGUGUUGGGCUUGUGCUAUUUGUUUCUAAGAUUAACAGCAACUCCUUCUCCCAAGGUUGUUCCAUAUUCAGACUUGAUUACUAGUCUUCAGGGAGGGGCUGUAACAAAGGUUCAAUUUGAGGAAGGCACACGGCGUAUUUACUACAAUACAAACUUCAGUAGUCUUAAGAAUGUUCAGACAGGUGAAGAUAGUUCCUUAGUUCCUGCUGAAAGCGCGGCUGUUCAGACAGGUGAAGAUAGUUCCUUAGUUCUUGCUGAAAGCGCAGCUGUUCAGACUGGUGAAGAUAGUUCCUUAGUUCGCGCUGAAAGCGCGGCCAUAAUUGAGGAAAGCAAAGAUAUGGAUAGCAACAAAGGUGGCAGGAGUAAAAUGUCAAAAGCCCAACCUGUAUGGCAGUUUUCGACGAGGAAGAUUGAUCAUGAUGAAGGAUAUCUUCUCAGUCUAAUGAGGGAAAAGGGAACAGCAUAUGGAUCAGCCCCUCAAUCAGCACUUAUGUCGAUUAGGAGCUUAUUGAUUACUAUCUUAACUUUAUGGAUUCCUUUGACUCCGUUAAUGUGGCUUCUCUAUCGUCAACUUUCUGCUGCCAAUAGUCCUGCAAAAAAACGAAAACCAAGUAACCAGGUGGUUGGCUUUAAUGAUGUCGAGGGUGUGGAUGCUGCAAAAGUCGAACUUAUGGAGAUAGUAUUGUGUCUGCAAGGAGCUAUAAACUUCAGUAAACUAGGGGCGAAGUUACCAAGAGGUGUACUGCUUGUAGGUCCACCUGGCACUGGAAAAACGUUACUAGCUCGUGCAGUGGCAGGAGAAGCAGGACUACCCUUUUUUUCCGUUUCUGCUAGUGAGUUUGUUGAAAUGUUUGUUGGAAGAGGAGCAGCUCGCAUUAGAGACCUUUUUAGCGUAGCAAGAAAGAAUGCUCCGUCAAUCAUUUUCAUCGAUGAACUUGAUGCUGUUGGAGGAAAGCGCGGCAGGAGUUUCAAUGAUGAAAGAGACCAAACUUUGAAUCAGUUGCUUACGGAGAUGGAUGGCUUUGACUCAGACUUGAACAUCAUUGUAAUUGCUGCAACUAAUAGACCAGAAGCUCUGGAUCCAGCUUUAUGUCGGCCUGGACGUUUCUCCAGGAAAAUUUUAGUCGGUGAACCAGAUGAAGAUGGAAGGAGAAAGAUCCUGGCCGUACACUUAAGAGGAGUGCCGCUUGAGGAAGACCUGGAGCUUGUGUGUGACCUGGUUGCAUCUCUUACUCAAGGCUUUGUAGGUGCUGACCUUGCUAACAUUGUCAACGAAGCUGCUUUACUAGCUGCACGCAGAGGGGCUGAUUCUGUCUCAAGGGAAGACAUAAUGGAAUCCAUAGAAAGAGCAAAAUUUGGGAUCAACGACAAGCAAUUUAGCCAAGGUACAAUAGGCAAGGAACUGGAAAAACUAUUCCCUUGGGUUCCUUCUUUCAUGAGGAGGACUAAUAUGAGAAGUGAUGCAAUGCAAGGACCUUUGGGGUAUCAAACACUCAGCUGAAAUAUAUGUUCUUAAGCCUCUUGCUUAUAUAAUGUUUUCUCUACAUGAUCAAGAGUGUAAUCCCGAGAUGAGUUUGAGUUUAAAUGGCGAAUCAUAUGGUCAGUAAGGAUUCAUAUAGCCGAUCCCAACUUGUUUGGGAUUCAGGCGCAGUUGUUGUAUCAUGCGGAAAUUUAUAGAUGAAAUUUUUUUGGCUGCUGUUAACAGAGGCAUAGUUGUUGCAUUGGGACGCUGCCAUAAUGUUUCGGGACUACUACAAUAUUGUUGUUAUAAUUUGGAAAUUUUAUACUCAACCAUAAUCAUUCAAGUA